CUCGCUCGGAGGUGGCAUAAAGCAGGAGGCGGUCAUUUUUGAGUUUGCUGAAAGAAGCCUGUGCAACCCCAUGCGCAGUCACUAUGCGCACCUAGGCCUUUUGUCUCAACUAUCGUCUGCCCUUGGCCAUGAGUCUGCGCGGCUAGAAUUACGCUGGAUGAUGCAGGCGCUGCGAGAGGCCUCCAACCGGCAACGCGGCAGUAGCCUGGCUGAAAUGGUCGCCCGCAGAAUGUCAGGCGAACCCCUGCAGUACAUCCUCGGUAGUCAGCCAUUCGGCCCUCUCAACCUCUUGGCCCGCUCGCCAGUUCUCAUUCCCCGCCCAGAAACCGAGCACUGGACUAUGCGCCUCUCCGAAUACGUCACGCCGUCCGCCUCCAGACCUAUCAGUCUCCUCGAUCUAUGCACGGGGUCCGGGUGCAUCCCGUUACUCCUCUGUCAUCUCUGGCCGUCUGGGAGCGUCCGAGCCUUCGGUGUAGACAUAGCUUCGGAAGCUAUUCAACUGGCCUCCGAAAACACAGCGAUUUGCGGCUUCCAUACACCUUCGGACAAUCCUCCGUCCCAGUCUCCAUCUUUCCGGAACACCUUCCGUCCCAUCCUCUCAGACAUUCGAGACCCCACCUUCCUGCGGAAGUCCGGACUAUAUCCGCCAUUCCACGUUGUCACCUCCAACCCGCCCUACAUUCCUAGGCGCGAAUAUGACUCUUUGCCGCCCUCGGUGAGAGACUUUGAGGACAGACGCGCGCUUCUCGGAGAUCCGGACUCUGAGCAGGGGGACGGGCUCACCUUCUAUCGCGACAUCGCACGACUCGUCGCAAACGAGAAACUCCUCGCUGACGAUGGCGUGCUUGCUGUUGAAGUAGGCAAGGGUCAGGCAAAAGACGUCGAACGCAUCCUGCAAGACCAAGCCAAGCUCCCGAAAACAACCAUAUGGCGGGAUCCUUGGUUGAUCGAACGUGUGGUUGUAGCAACGCGCUAGUCUCCAUCCAGUUUAGCUGGACUCUUUCGGUUCCACGUUUUGCCAUACUGUAAGCAGCCUGACCGGGACGUCGAUCGGCCUGCGUUCUUUUAUGCGACUUUCUCCUCACCCAGCGGAUUCUGCAGCACUCCAAGACCAGCGAUAUCAUACCUUGUAAUGAGAGAAGGACGACCGUCGUCUUCCAGAGUUUUACUUCUCACCUUUGCGUUGCUAUAGGGUGCUCAGAUCCGACCGCUUCUCUAGUGACGCCUCAUCUUCUCCUGUCGGAUGGUCCAAGUACGCAGGCCGGCCGAUCAGACUUUCCCUACCGCCUUUCGUGACGUAGUCUCAUACCCCUCCCUCUCUGUUCUGAUGGUGUGACGCAUCAGGUCUCGCUGUUCGUUCCGUAUGUAUCGGCCUGUGGGUCCACAUGUGUCCCUCGUACGCCGGUAUCCUGUGCAAACAAUGACGCAGUGCGCGCCGGCAGAGCAUCUGUUGCUUUGUCUAUCAGGGGGCGGUGAUCUGGUCACAGGCAAUGCAACGCGCAGAGUCUGUCGAUAAGCUUCGUGAAAUGAGCGUGAGUGGCCCCCUCUUCAGCCCUUUGUUACUGUACCUUGGGUGACGAGCGGCCUGGU